AUGAAUGAUGAAUCAAUAAUUACAUUAUUUUCCGAAUAUUUACAAAGUGAACAUCGAAGUGAUAUUUGUAAAUUAUCAUUAUCAACCUUAUCAUCAUCAGAACCACAUCAGUCGAUUAUUGUACAUUUUAAUAAUUUAUGCGAAUUUAAUAGUAUUUUUUCAGAAUUAAUUUUAUCAAAACCAGAAAAAACAUUAAAUUUAUUAAAUAAAAGUAUUUAUCAAAUUCUACAAUCCACACAAACGAAACAAUCAAUCAAUAAUCUUCAACAAAAUAUACAUAUUCGUUUAACCGCUUUACCAAUUAUUCCAGAAGUUUAUAAAAAUCAUAUACCAACAUCAAUUGAUAUUAAAAAAUUAAUAGCAUUAAGAGCGAUUGUUAGUCGUAUUUGUCCAGUACAAGUGAUACAGCAUAAAAUUAAAUAUUCUUGUACUAAAUGUAAUGCUACAGUGAAUGUAUAUGCUAAUUUUGAAAAUUUCUAUACUAUUAAACCACCACGUUAUUGUGCGAAUUGUAAACAAUCAUAUCAUUCAAUGAAUUUCAAGUGUAUUUCGUCAUCGAAUACAGAAUUUUAUGCAAAAAAUUAUCAAGAAAUUUAUGUACAUGAACAAUUUGAUUGUCUUACUGUUGGUGUAAUGCGCCGUUCUAUAUGUGUAUGCUUAGAAGAUGAUUUAUUAGAAUGUGUUAAACCUGGUGAUGAAAUAGUAAUUAACGGUAUUGUAACACAUCGAUGGCGUUGUAUCAAAGAAGGUGAUCCAUGUGAAAUAUUCACUUAUUUAAAAGCAAAUUAUAUUGAAAAUUUAACUGAACUUAAAGCUGGCGGUGGAUCUAGUCAAAUGUCACAUGAACAUGCAUUAGAAUAUGAAUUAUUUUGGAAUAAAUUUAUAAAUUUCCAUGCAAUAUUAGAAGGUAGAAAUAUGAUACUACGUAGUAUUUGUCCAGAUGUUUAUGGAAUGUAUCUGAUUAAAUUGUCAUCAGCUUUAAUGCUUGCUAGUGCACCGGAAUGGCAUACUACAUCUGCUGAAACCACCAAUAUCAAUGGACUUUCUGUACAUAUUCGAGGUAAUCCACAUAUUCUAUUGAUUGGUGAUCCAGGUACUGCAAAAUCAAUUCUUCUACGUGGAUGUACAGCAUUGUGUGAUCGAGCUGUUUUAACUACAGCUACAGGUACAACAGCAGCUGGUUUAACUGCUACAGCUACACGUGAUUCCACUGGUUGGACAUUAGAUGCUGGUGCAUUGGUACUGGCUGAUGGUGGUCUAUGUGUAAUUGAUGAAUUUACUGCACUGCACGGUAGUCAUCGUGCUGCUGUACAUGAAGCAAUGGAACAACAAACAAUUAGUAUAGCUAAAGCUGGUCUAAUGGCACGAUUAAAUUGUCGUUGUUCUAUAUUGGCUGCAGCUAAUCCAUCAUCUAGUUCUAUUGUAAAGAAUGAUGAAGAUUUUGGUUUGCCAACACCAUUAUUAAGUCGUUUUGAUUUAAUAUGGCGAUUAGUUGAUCCAAUUGACUCUAUAGAAUGGGAUCGUCAAAUUGCUAAUUUUAUAUUGAAUAUUGAUCAACAAUCCGUUGAUUCGUUGAGGAAUCAACAAAAAACAAAACGACAUCAUUUAUCGUCUAAAAAUAAUUUAAAAGAAUAUUUUAUAUGGAUACGUGAUCGUUUUAAACCACAACUAUCUAUAGAAGCUGCUAAUCUACUACAACGUUAUUAUAUUUGGCAAAGAAAUCAAAUUAAAUCUAUAUCGUGUCAUGAUUCAUCAGUUGGUUCAUUUAGUAGACGAACAUUACGUUUAUUAGAAAGUCUUGUUAGAUUAACUAAAGCACAUGCUCGAUUAAUGUGUCGAAAUGAAGCUACGAUUGAAGAUGCUGUCAUUGUCAUCUAUUUAGUUGAUUGUUCAUUAUAUUCUACAAGUUCUAUCAAAACAAAUCAAUACAAUUCAAAUAAUUAUUCAUUGUCCAAUUUUAUUUCACCAGAAUUAAUUGUUUCAAUGAAUAUCCCAGACAAUGCUAGCAUGGAUUAUAUACAAAUUGAACAAUUAGUAUUUUCUACUUUAAAUUAUAAUAAUAAGAGUAUUAAUAAAGAUGUCCAUAGUAAUCAUGAUGAAAAUGUUUAUGCCAAUAGAUUUAAACAAAACUAUUCAAAUACAUGUAAAAAUAUUCAUUUAGAACCUUUGCUUAGUUCAACUCAACUAAUCACUAACAGUAGUAAUAAUAAUAAUAAUAAUGUGGAAUCGAGAAAGUCCUAUUCAGAAAACAACCGUCAACGUCAUAAUUCAUCCAUUUCUAAAAGAAUAUUUCAUCCAGAUGAGAAGGACAGUUCUUUAUCAUCAACAGUUCUUAUUCAAGAUGAUAAUGAUUUGCUGACAAUGCCACCAAUGAAAAGUUUCAAAUGGACAGCAUUAGAUGAUUCUGUCAGCGCUGAUGAUGACCAUAUCAACAGUACCAUUCCUACUACAAAAACUACGACUAAUAUCAAUCUAAACAUGAAUAAACCUUUAUGGAGUAAACAUUUAUCUUCGAAUUCAUUUGAUAUCUCCAAUGGUGAUGAUUUGUCAAUCUGCAUUGAUACAUUGAACGAUACAAGACAAAAUGUUCAAUUGUCAAUUGACAAUAAGUAUGAUAAAAGCAAUAAUGAUGAUGAUAUUAUAUCAUUUGGUUUUAAUAUGAUGAUGAAAGGUGAUGAGAAUAUUUUGAAACGACAUUUAAAAAGUGAAGAUUUUGAAAUUGAUUUAUAG